CGUCAGUUUUGUUCGGAAUUUGGCGCAUAGCCAACCACGACGUUUUUACUUAAUUUCUUCACCAUUAGUAUUUAAAUAAAUCUGAAAUUGUAAGACAAAAAUGAUGGCGAAUAUGAGGCCGUUCCGUGAUUUAGUUGCUAAUCAAUAUGAUGAAGAAAAUAACAAAACACAUUCAUCAAAAGAACAAAUCGAUGUGGAAAAAUCUGUUUUGAAUAUGUACGAGUCUGCACACAUGAAAAUCACAUUAAAUAGAAAUCUGCCAAGGCUUGCUACAAAUGCCCACAUGGAUUUCAUAAGGGAUGGUUUAACACAACUGCCACACAGUUAUUCGUGCUUGGAUGCAAGUCGUACUUGGUUGUGCUAUUGGUCAUUGCACAGCAUGUCCUUACUUACAGAUAUCAGCAAAACUUGGCCUCUGAAUAAAGAAGAAUCAAUGAUAGUACAGUUUCUUAGCAAAUGCCAGCAUCCAAGUGGUGGAUUUGGUGGUGGUCCUGGUCAAUAUCCUCAUUUAGCAACUACAUAUGCAGCUGUUAAUGCUCUUUGUAUUAUCGGGACUCAAGAAGCUUAUGAUAUUAUCAAUAGGAAAACGUUGAAAGAAUUUUUAUAUUCAGUGAGGGCUCCAAAUGGUGCUUUCCGUAUGCAUUUAGAUGGGGAAAUUGACGUGAGAGGAGUGUAUUGCGCCUUGUCAAUAGCGACAUUAACAGGAAUUUAUUCCGAAAAAUUAUUUGAUGGUACAGCAGAAUGGGUUGUUAGUUGCCAAACGUAUGAGGGAGGAUUCUCCGGUUGUCCCGGAUUAGAAGCUCACGGUGGUUAUACAUUCUGCGCAAUUGCAGUUCUUACAAUUUUGAAACGUCCAAAAUUAUGCGAUUUGCAUAGUUUAUUGAGAUGGCUAGUCAACAAACAAAUGAAGUUAGAAGGAGGAUUUCAGGGAAGAACAAAUAAAUUAGUUGAUGGAUGCUAUUCCUUUUGGUUAGCGUGUUCAGUGCUUUUAGCUGGUGUCGCUUUAGGCGAAAAGAAGAUGUUGUUCAACCAAACCGCACUUCAAGAGUACAUUAUGGUUUGUUGUCAGUACAAUUCUGGUGGACUUCUUGAUAAACCAGGUAAAAGGCCAGACUUAUAUCACACGUGUUAUACUCUGAGUGGUUUAUCGCUCACCCAAACGAAUUCUGAUUAUAUUGGCAUUCCAUUUUAUUUGGGUUUCAUCAAUCCAUUGUACAACAUCUCUUACGAAAAGGUCGAAAUCAUGAAAACGUAUUUCAAAGAUACAAAGGAUGAGACGCUCUGACAGAAGCAAGUGUCGAACAUUGUCGGACGAUUCGUGGAUGUCUCUCCGUUUUUAUACAUUUUUAUAAACAAUUACCACAUUCUACAGGUCGGCAUAGGUUACGCAAUCAUUUUAAUCAUUCGACAAUUGAAACAACACUGAACAACUCGUUCGAGACUUUAAUGAAAAAAAAAUAAAUGGGAAAAUUACUUUAGGCUAAGGGCGAAGACUUUCAUUGUGAUAUUUUUUUUGUCUAAGUCAAAAAUGAAUAAACAAUCAAAUCACAACGUCUUAGGUAAUAAUGAAUUGAAAUUUUGUAAAUUAAAACAUUACUUGAAUGAUAUGAAAGGAAAUUGUGCAAAGGAUUUCCGUCCUCGAACUGUAAAUUAUUAA